UACUGGGUAUAAUCGGGUGUGCCAGAAAUCUGCGCUGUGCUCUCGAGCGCUGCUCUCCAUCCUCACGAGCGCAUCGCACUGAGAUCUGCAGGAGCGGUGCGAAUCUCACCUCAGCAUUUGAUCUGUCAAACGACAUUACUGUGUAUUGUGUCUUGUUGCUUUGACCUGCACGAAUAGGAUUAAAUCGGAUGGACCGCUGGAGCGCAAUUAAGACAACAAUGAGAGGAUAUUGAUAUUUGCGUAUUGCAACGGUAAGUGCGCCUGAAUCCGAGAAGAAUGGAGACGCAAAAAUGAUGCAGUCCAAGCGUCGUCGUCUGAAUGUGAGAGAUUCCUGUUAAACGCGACAGCAGAGGAAGAUCUUUGUAUCUUAUAAGCUCUUGGAAACAGCCUUGGGUUGUAUGCUGUAGAUUACUGUUUUUAUUUACUAUUUUGUACAUAUAUAACCGUACACACCCUUUUAAUGUUUGAUCAUUACAAAUCUUUUCAUUCGUCAUCAUUAAGUAGCUAUUAGUACGGACAUUUUCUUUAGGAGUAUUGUUGCUGAUGCAUUGAAGUGCAUGCUCUUCAUGUGAGCGUAGUCAUUUCUCUUGCUGUCCCAAGUGUGAUAAUUCACCUUAAUGAGAUUGGCUAGAUGCAUAGAGACUGAAUCAGAGGGGAGCUGGAACAGAACAAAACUGGAGUCACCGACAGACUCCCACAUCCACGCUGAACAAAUCACUGUGACAUCUGGCACUAAAAGUGCUUAGUCUGUCGCGACAUCUGUGUGCUAUACUGACUGUGGCUUGAGUUUAGGCAGCAUCCAAUUCCAGAUUGAAUCCAGAUAGGACCUGAGUCCAAGUUGAAUCCAUAAAGGACGUAAAACAAAAGGAAUAUAUAAGACAUUUUAACUGAAUCCAGAGAGGACCGAGUCAAUAUUAAAUGACUGAAUCCAAAGAGUAUUUGAGUCUAGACUGAAUCCAGAUUGGUCCUGAAUCCAGAGAGGAUCUAAGUCCAGACUGAAUCCAUUUUGGACAUGAAACCAGAGAGGAACUGAUUCCAGAGUGAAUCCAGAUUGACCCUCAAUCCACAGAGGAUCGGAGUCCAGACUGAAUCCAUUUUGGGCCUGAAUCAAGAGAGGAACUGAGCUCAUACUGAAUCCAAAUUGGACUUGAAUUCAUAGAGGAUACGAAUUCAGACUGAAUCCAGUUUGAACCUGAAUCAAGAGGGGGUUUAAGUCCAGACUGAAUCCAUAUUGGACCUAAAUCCAAAGAGGAUCAGAGCUCAUACUGAAUCCAAAUUGGACUUGAAUUCAUAGAGGAUAUGAGUUCAGACUGAAUCCAAAUCGGACCUUAAUCCAAAGAGGAUUUAAGUCCAUACUGAAUCCAUAUUGGACCUGAAUCCAGAGAGGUUCUAAGUGCAGACUGAAUCCAGAGAGGACUUAAAUCCAAACUGAAUCCAGAUAGAUCCUAAAUCCAAGCUGAAUCCAGAGAGUCCAGGUUGAACACAUUGGGGACUUGAAUCCAAACUCAAUCCAUAUUGCACUGAUUCUAUCUAUGAUCCCUGGCACAUCUGCAGCAAUGCUCCCAGCCACAGAGGCAGCCAAGAUCUACCAGACCAACUAUGUGAGGAACUCUCGUGCCAUUGGGGUCCUGUGGGCAAUCUUCACCAUCCUCUUCGCCAUUGUGAACGUGGUAUGUUUCGCUCAGCCCUACUGGAUCGGGGAUGGCGUGGACACGCCGCAGGCCGGCUACUUCGGCCUCUUUCACUACUGCAUAGGGAGCGGUAUGUCCAGGGACCUGACGUGCCAGGGUAGCUUCACCGAGUUUAGCUCCAUCCCGUCUGGCGCCUUCAAAGCAGCAUCCUUCUUCAUUGGGAUGUCCAUGGUGUUGGUGCUGUCCUGCAUCGGCUGCUUCACCCUUUUCUUCUUCUGCAGUACAGCCACUGUGUAUAAGAUCUGCGGAUGGAUGCAGCUGGCAGCAGGUACGUGUCUGGUGCUGGGCUGUAUGAUUUAUCCUGAUGGCUGGGAUGCUGAUGAGGUGAAGAGAAUGUGCGGAGAAGAAACGGAUAAAUACACCAUUGGAGCAUGCUCAGUGCGCUGGGCGUACAUACUGGCCAUUAUGGGCAUCAUGGACGCCCUCAUUCUCUCCUUCUUGGCUUUUGUCUUGGGCAACAGGCAGGAUGGACUCAUGUCUGAGGAGCUGCUGGGAGACAAGACUGGAAAUGCAUAGAUGGCAAAUACACUAGGUGUUUUUGCCUUAUUGAAAAUAAAAUUAUGUAAAGUCACAAUCCAACUUUACCCAUCAUUCUGAGCGCAGGAGACCUGAUUGCAGUGGUUUGGAAAACGUUAAAGCGAGGGAUCAGAACGAAUGAAUGAAGUCUGUAAUACUGACUGCUUUUCUGUCCAUAUCCCUUCUUUCACUUUACUUCCAUGGAAAUGCUUUUCAACACAUAUCUAGUUUGAUUUACCCUGUUCUGUGCCACUAACAUGAUAGAGCAGCUAAUGCACCCUUUAGAAAAACCUAAGACUUGGAUGUAUGUAUAUAUAUAUAUAUAUAUAUAUAUAUAUAUAUAUAUAUAUAUAUAUAUAUAUAUAUAAUAAAAAGUGUGAUUUCUUCUCUGUUUUGUCCCCCUCUUCAGGCCAACCUUAUAGUAAUAUAAAUAUGUGAAUUACUAAAAAACACUGUUUUAAUUUACUGUAAUUUCCAAGUUGAAUUGUGGAAUGUUGACUCCGACACAGAGCUGCACCACAGACAUUACUGGCCAGUGUUUCACUCUGGACCCGCACUGAAAUGUCGAAAACAUUUCAGCUAGAAGAACAGACACAAUCAUGACCACUUCACUGAGAGCCAAUUUAAUUGCAAGUCAUCAAUCUAUCGGGUUUCAAAUGCACAAUUAUUUCACCACUGCACUCUCCGACAUUGUUUUAAAGGGAUAUGUAAACCGAGGAGGUGAGAAUUCACUGUUAAUAUAAUUUAAAAUAAUUAAGUGUCAAAAUUAGGGGCUGGCAUCUCUGCCAUUAGUAAUUGUGCACAAGCCAAGUAUAUACUGAAGUAGGAGAGUGUUUUAAAAAGUAUUAUGCAUCAAGUGUACACAUUGAAUAUCUGUAUGUCUCGAUUUCGAUAUUUCCUUCUUUGCAGUGUUGUUGCUGUAUAGUUAUGUGUGCCAUAUUUAAGAUGUUCUGAGCUGGUACCGUUUUGUACUCUUGGUAUAGUCAUUUUUGUCCCAUGAGAAAAAAAACCCAACAGCCUAGAAUCGCCAAUCUUAAAGAAAACGUCACAAGAAAACCUGGAGGAUGUGGUUUCAAAUAGUAAAAUCUACAGGAAAUGACCUCAUGGUGUACCUGUUGCCACUCCCUCAGUCUAAGACCGCUUUUGGGAGAUUUUGGACGAUACGGGAAGUUCUGAAUGGAAAGAAAAUUGGAAGAAGAAAAAAUAAUUUGCUUUAUUUAUUGGGUGUCUGUCUUGUCAGUUGAUGUUGUAUGUAGGAAUUUAUGUAAAUACACCAUUAAACAUGUAUUAGUUACAAUGAUUCAUUAAACACAAUUCACCCAGAUAUAAAUGAAUAAAGAUUUUACCUCUACAAA